CGGCACAGAAACGAGUUCACGGCGCAAAGACGUCUGGGAUUGUGGAGGACCGGCUCGAGCGCUUUGAUUUCCGCAGUGCAGCGUGGGAUAGUGGAAGAAGUCAGCGAAACACUCGGAGAGAAAUGGAUGUCUUUCUGAUGAUCAGACGUCACAAGACAACCAUCUUCACGGAUGCCAAGGAGUCGACCACAGUCUACGAGCUGAAGCGGAUCGUGGAGGGCAUCCUAAAGCGAGCGCCAGAGGACCAGAGACUUUAUAAGGAUGACAUGCUGCUUGAAGAUAGUAAGACUCUCGGAGACUCUGGGUUCACAAACCAGACAGCCAGGCCUCAGGCUCCGGCCACAGUAGGACUGGCUUUUCGCAUCGGUGAUGAUGCUUUUGAGCCUCUGAGAAUAGAGGCCUUCUCCAGCCCUCCUGAGCUUCCUGAUGUCAUGAAGCCUCAAGACUCGGGCAGCACUGCCAACGAACAAGCCGUGCAGUGAAGGAGGAACUGAAGAUAAAGGGUUGGGGGGAGGGUGGGGGGAGACAGCGGGGGUGAAGAGUGUCCAAAACAGCGGACAAGCAAAACACGUGUGUUUAAAGAUGGUGGUGCGUCUUGAGUUACAAAAGGAGGGGGAAAGCAUGAGUGAGAGUGAUCUUGUGUGAUAUUGUACCUUUGCUGGGAAUCUGAAUCGCUCUCCCUGUUCCUCCUCACGUCCCAUCGAGCACUAGCAGCUUACUCUCACUGUAUUGUCGCAAACCCUUCCAAUGUUCAGUGUCUGCUCAUCUACAGGUUAAUCCACCAAUCACAACGCCCCAUUUUGAUUUGGUAAAGUUUCCCUUGAUUUCUGGAUGAAUUUGCUCAUCUGUCAGACAGCUGUUAGUCACCCGUCAGAGGUGGUUAGAUAUCGGAGUAUUUAACCCCGUGCUUCUUAUUUAAUUCAAGCAAAAUGUUAUGUUUGGGAGAGUUUAACGUUUUGUGCUUUUUGUGUGUUUCAGUCUGAUUGGGGUGGGGUGGGUUUGUGUUUGUGGCUGUUAAGGUUUUACAAAUGCCCACUUUACUGAUCGCAUUUACAGUACGCUGUUGUGUGUUAAUGACUAUUGAUAUUAUAAUAAUUCUUAUUUAGAUCCUGCAUCAUUUUAUUGGGCUGCAGAAGGCCAUAAGCUGAACAGUUUUAUGUUACCAACCUAAUAUAGUGUACAUGCACAUCAUGGAGCAUCCUGAGCAGCAGAGUGGGCAUGGAUGCCUGCAAAUGAAUACACAGCACAUGGUUAAGGUGAAUUCUGACAUACAGUGGUUUCAUUGUAAAUACAUUUUUCCACUCGCUUUGUUGCUUCCUGAAGUGUGUUUUGCUUUUCUUUACAGUCGUUUUGUUGGAGGAGUGUGGUGGUGUCCGCCUGUUUUCUUUUGGAAUAUUUGUUUGGGAGCUUUAGUAUUGACAUUUAAUUCCCUGAUUUUGUGUUUAAAUCAAAGGGGAGUGUGAAUGCUAGUCCGUUUUUUGUGUGAGUGUGUGUGUGGCAUUUUAAAAUAGUGGAAAGAAUCAAGUAAAAAUGUAAAGAUCAAUAAGCAUGAAGCCUUUGGGCGAAGUUGCUUUAACAAGUGAAUGUUUAACUUUAACACAAAUGCUGAGGUUGCGUUCAUCCCAAAAAAAACAAAAAAAACAGAAUCCUAAUGUUUUUGCAAACUCACCCUUAUUCUUCUCAGUGAUGGCGAUGCUCCUUCACAGUGAUCUUGCAAAAACAAACAAACAAGAAAAAAGUUAAAAACAGAAAAGAAAAUCAUGCUGCAGUAUCUGUAACUGCAUUUAAAUGAAUUAAAAUCAGCCCUUUUCCACUCCUUG